GGGAUCUUAAAUCAGUAUUAAAUUGACCAUCAAAGAGCUUGCAGCAAUUUUUUGGUUCAUAAUAAGAAAAAUAUGUUCAAAUCUCCGUUAUUCUUCGUAUUUAUCGCGAUUGUUUGCUUCACGUUGGUUGCUUUCGAUAAUGCGGAAGGAAAGGGUGGUGGAUCAAGACCUAAAAGUAAACCCCCAAAGUCCAAUGUCAAGGCAAAACCACCAUCCACGGUAACUGCCAAGCCCAUCGGAUUAACCACAAAAGGAGGUGUAAAAGAUUUCGUCGAUAGAUUAAAGGAUAAAGCCAAGGAUCAUAUCGCCAAAGAAGCUGUCGAAAAGUUUACAGAAAAAGGCAAAGAGUACUUUGAUAUCAUCAAGGAUAAAUUGAAGGGUGAUGACGUCGAAGCAGCUGGCGACAAGUCCACAGAAAAAGACAAAAAAAUCAUAGACAACCAACCAACGACCAAACGACCAACACCAUCCCCUGAACUCAUUCAGGCGCAUCUCGUACAAAAGUAUCAGUGUCAAUUGGGGUCUUCAAGAAACUGCAAACCAAGGUCACAUUAAGAUCUCACCAGAUGAUGAUGAUGCAUAUAAUAGGCGUAAGGUUGAAGUAGAGAAGCAUGGACACAAGUUCAAGAAUUUUCUAGAAUAGGAAUAUUUAGAUUAUAAAAACAGGGUUAUGAAUCCAUAAAUUAUGAAAAUGUACCCGAAUUUUUAAUUACAAUUCGUGAGCUCGAACGGACUAAAUAUGCGAAGUAAUGGAGGAAUAAAAUGAUAGGAGAAAGUUAACAACAGGUGAAAUAAAUAAAUGCAACAAAUCA